CUCAUUCUCUCGGCAGUCGAUUGCGAGAAGUCAACCGUUUUUCUUUCCUCCACUCGGGCUCGUUUUUUGUUUCUCAGCCGUUAGAAAUUGGACGUUUUCACUUGCUCGAAAGUCGCCAAAGUUUUUUUAAGCGUUUCAAACUCGAAAAGAGAGAGGGGGGUUGGAAAAGAUGACGGAGGAGGAGCAGGAUUUCUCCAAAUUGUCGUUAGAGGAAAGAUGUCAACACAAAAAUUGGAAAGCUCGCGUCUCUGCGUAUGACGAGCUGACGAAAACUUUUCAACGGAUCGACGAUGACAAAGAGUGGGGUAAAUAUGGGGGGUGGGUUCGCAAGUUUCCUACCGAUUCGAACGCAGCUGCCCAGGAGAAGGCCUUGGAAGUUACCCUCCUCUACUUGGCGAAUGCAGGACUACCUCAGGCGGGUCGAAUUGUGGCCGAAAUCAUGAGCGGAGUCGUAGCAAAAUGCAUUACAGCUUCAAAGGCCAAGAGUAAAGAGUUGGCGAUGGACAUUGCCCUUAUGUGCGUUGAGGUGGAGAAAUUUGAAGCUGUUCAGGAAGAAUUGAUGAAGGGGAUGGAGCAUAAGAAUCCUAAAGUGUUGGCUGGAUGUAUUAAUAUUUUUACAGAAGUUUUAAGGUCAUUCGGACCAAAGGUGAUUAACUUGAAAACAAUUUUGAAGAAGAUUCCGAUUUUGAUUGAGGAUCGUGACAAGACUGUUCGAGAUGAGACAAAGAAACUCAUGGUAGAGUUAUAUCGGUGGUUGGGACCAGCAUUUAAACCACAACUAAGCGCUGUAAAACCUUUAGUCGUACAAGAAGUGGAAGCAGAGGUGGAAAAGAUAACUGAAAAACCACAUCAAUCGCGCUAUUUAAGAUCUCAGCAGGCUCGCGAAGAACGUGUUGCCGGUGAAGCAGGAGAAGAGGCGGAAGAGGAAGAAGCUAGUGAAGAAGCGUCACCUGACAUUGAUCCGUUUGAUCUUCUUGAUCCGGUUGACAUUUUAUCCAAGUUACCAAAGGACUUUUAUGAAAAGUGCGAAGCGAAAAAAUGGCAGGAAAGAAAGGAGGCAAUGGAAGCCCUCGAUGCGCUUGUGGUGGCCAAUCCAAAACUGGAGACUGGCGAUUACUCGGAUUUGGUGCGGAUGCUAAAAAAGAUUAUUUCGAAAGACACAAACGUCGUAGUUGUUGCUUUGGCUGGAAAGUCUUUGUGUGGCCUUGCCAAUGGAUUGAAGAAAAAGUUUUCUCCAUAUGCCUCCUCCUGCAUCUCAACGAUUCUUGAGAAAUUCAAAGAGAAGAAGGCUAGUGUUGUUACUGCAAUGAGGGAUGCAAUAGAUGCGUGUUUUGUUGCUACCACCUUGGAAUCCAUUCAAGAGGAUACUAUCCAAGCUCUGCAGAACAAAAAUCCAGCAGUAAAGUUGGAAACGAAUACUUUCCUUGCUCGUGCCUUUGCGAAAACACCUUUCAAGACAAUGUCUGAUAAGAAGCUAAUGAAACCUUACUUUACUGCGAUUCUUGCCAAUCUCAAUGAACCGGAUGCCAACGUUCGAGAAGCAGCAGCAGAGGCAUUUGGAGUAGCUAUGAAACAUCUUGGAGAGAAAGCAUUGGCUCCUCUUAUCGCUGAUAUGGAAGCGAUUAAACUUCAGAAGGUAAAAGAAUACAUGGAAAAGGCGGUUAUUACAGCACCCAAAGAGAAAGGAGUCAAGCCUGUGAAAGCUCCAAGUUCAGCAGACAUGAAGGUAAAAGCGAAUGUCGUCAGAGUUCCAGGAAAAACAGACAUCAGGAAACCAGGGGGAGCGGUAGUGAAGAAACCUACUGCUUCGGCAAACUCGUACCCAGAGGAAGAGUUUGUGGAAAAACCGCCAGCGGUUUCGAAACCAGUCGUUGCCGCUAAAAGUGCACCAAAGGUAGGAGGCACCGUUUCCAGACAAACUAUUGCAACCACCACCACCAAGAAGAGCGUUAGCGCUGCAAAAGUAGUAGAAGAACCCAUCGGCUCUAACCUUCCAGUAAAUAAUUUGAAAGCCCAGCGGAUUUCGGAUGAAAUGAGACUCAGAAUUUUAAGAUGGAAUUUUACUACUCCACGUGAGGAAUUUAUCGAUUUACUAAAGGAACUGAUGAUAGCUGCUGGUAUUGGCCCCACUCUUAUGGGAAAUAUGUUCCACUCCAACUUUAAGUUGCACUUGAAAGCCAUUGACACGUUACAAGAUGAAUUCAACAUGAACCCUGAUGGAACCAAAUGUAAUCUCGACUUGAUUUUGAAAUGGGCAACGCUUCGUUUCUUUGACACAAAUCCCUCAGUAUUAAUUCGCAUUUUGGAUUAUAUGAUCAAUGUUUUCCAAGUCUUGAGUGCUGAAGAUUAUAAUAUGGCGGACGUGGAAGCUGGCGCUUUCAUUCCAUACCUGGUCGUCAAGUUAGGAGAGUCAAAGGAAAACGUACGUGUUAAUGUCCACGAAAUUUUGAAGCGCGUAUCAACGAUUUACUCCUCGCAAAAAGUAUUUACAUAUCUCAUUGAGGGACUAAGAUCUAAAAAUGCCCGACAACGGACCGACUGCCUGGACGAAAUGUCUAGUAUGAUUGGAGUUUAUGCAAUGCCAGUUAUGGGUAACACGCCGCAACUUGCACUCAAGGAAAUUGCCAAGCAAAUUUCAGACCGAGAUACAAAUGUUAGAAACGCUGCUUUGAACGCUGUAGUCCAAGCCUACUACCUCGUUGGGGACAAAGUAUUCAAAAUGAUUGGACAGCUUGCUGACAAAGAUCAAUCAUUAUUGGACGAGCGAAUCAAACGCGCUGGAAAGUCAUGUCCCAAGCCGGCCCAGUCAUCCGCCACCCUUACCAAGCCUUCGGCGUCCGUGCAUGGAACAUCACGUAUUAAUUCUAGCGGGACUGUACAUCCCUCAGAGGGUAGCCCAUCGUCGCCUCCACAAGCGGCAAUCGUAUCUCCCAUUCGCCAGUAUCAAUCUCAAUCGGCAAGCAGUGGCAACAUAUUACAGCCUCAAAACUUGAACACUACAUUAGGGUCUUCAAAUGAUGAUUUCAACAAUCGAGUGCUGCAAGCAACAUUUUCGGAACAAUGUGCUGUAUCCAGGAACGUUCUACCUGACAAAUACCGAAUUGAUUUCGAAGCAAUUGAUAACAUGUUUAACGACAAUGAACCUAUACAUCCAAUGGAACUGUUGGAUACAAAUGUUGAGCAGUUUCUGAGAGGGGAGCAAAUCUCACUGCCGAAGCGACGGACGGUGAUAACCAAAAUGCCAGUGAAUUCUCGUAAGCCGUACGAAACGCCCAUGAUCCCCACCCAGGCCAAUCAAAGUAUUGACUUGGUCGUAGUCCAACUUGGCGAUCCAGUGUUGCGCACUGCUAUAGAAUCCUGCGUCAAGCUUGAGAAAAUGCUUACAGAUUCGCUAACUUCACCGAUAAUGUGUGGGCGAGUAGAUACAAUGUUGGCGAUGAUUUCAAAUCAAUACCUUCGGCAACAGCCUACGUUGCAAAACAGGGACGAAGAGCAUUUGAAUGAACUGAAUAAAUACUUUUCAUCGUCAGUUCAGCUGCUGACUGCUCUUUUCAAACACGAAUUACUUCCAAAGAAGGCAAGCAGGGAUGGAUUAAAGGACAUUAUUUAUCACUUGUUGAUGCUCAUCAUUGAUGACAAUUUGGAGCAACUGACUGAUUCCGUGACAAUCAUAAGGCUGGUGAAUGUCAUGGUGGUUCGGAUUAUUGAAAAUACUGAACCUAAUGCAAUUUCAUGUGCUCUGAUUCGCCUUUUGAAUGAUGCAUUGAAUGAAAACGGGGGUGAAAACUAUCGACUACUCGAGCUUGUGAUGAAAUGCCAGUGGAAAUUACUUAAACAACAUAACGUGUGGGUACAAAACGAAGACUAUCAUUGGGAUACGAGGGCCAUUUUAUUGGAAUACCACUAUUUCAUGAAGAAUCAUCCCUUCAGUUCAUUCUGCAAUCGUGAUGGCACUCCUUUGAAAACUAUCAAAACAAUUGUGCAUGCUCUCGUGAUGCAAGCUGGGGUUGAAACCAUCCAGUCGAUCAUGAAUGAUAUACCAGAACUGAAAAACUCGGAAGGUGGAGUCUACAUUAGUAAAAUUAUUCAGCGUGAACUUUUGAAGAAAACGUCAAUUGCUGGUGUCACGUCAUCAGCUUCAACCCUUUAAGCAAUUUUAAAUAAUUGGCACUGAUACUCUUAAUUUUUUACUAAUUUAAAGAAAGUUAUAAGAAAGUCGCAAUUGUUUGCCCUAAUAUUGUUGUAUGCUUCAUUCCAAAAUUCCUGUUUUAAGGCUGUCUACAUAUAUGUAAAACAAAAAUCUAUCAAGUCCUCUCAUUUAUGAAUGUAACAAAAUAUCUGGAAAUGAAAAAUUUUAUUGUAAAACAUUUCAUCCUCUGUUUUUAAUUAGACUACAAUUAUUAUUUUAUAAGUUUAAGCCCGUUAUUAUUAAGUGCCAACCGUUUAUGAUUUUAGUUCUUUUGCAUAUUAAUAAUUAAUUCAAUUUAUACUUUUGUACUUAUUUCUGAGUGAAGUGCCCGAAAUAUUAACACUAAAAUACGUCACGUCGAAGCGUUGCAUACAUACUAGACUGCAAGUAAUUCAUCUAAUGAAUGAGGCUUCCUAAAUCCUGUUGCCAAGCAAGUACCUAAAGUUAAUAUUUAUCUGUUGUUCUAGAACAUAACUACUCGAUUCUACACGCCAUUACAUUACAACUACACUACUACUAGCAGGUAACACGUUUUAACAGAGAAAAGGUUAAUAAAUGCGAAGAAAGUAAUUCAACCAGAAUUGUAUGACUUUACUAAUGGAAAAAUAAAAUAAGAAAUGCAUUUUAAAACAAAUGUAA